AUGGCCUCUGUGGAUGACUUCUGCAUCAAUGUGAACGAAGUCGGUGACAGGGGUUUGUCUGCACUGGCAAGGGCGUGCAUGCUGCUCCCUUUCAGCCAGCUGACGGACUUCUUUGCAAUCGACAACCAUUUCGGGGAUGCGGGCUUGUCGGCUUUCUCGGCUGCGGCUCGGAGCGGCGGCCUCCCUGCCUUGCGCCGGUUAUACCUCUAUUGCAACAGCAUUGGUGAUGCCGGCCUCAGCGCCUUGGCCGAUGCCAUCCAGCACAAGGCAUUUGCGCCGGAAGGCCUCAGCAGCCUUCUGGUGAUGGACAACGACAUCUCGGAUGAAGGCGUCCGAAGCCUUGAGGUUCCCCUGACGAAUGGAAGGCUGGCGAAAAUGGAGGAGCUUGGGGUCGGGCAGCGGGUCAGCGAUGAAGGCUUCCAGUUGCUGAUCGACGCCGCGAUGAGCUUUCAGCUCCCUGACCUCCGGGAGCUGCAUCUUCAGAACAACGUGGCUAUCCGGGGCAAGCCUUUGCAGCAACUGAUAGCAGCGAUUCAGAAGGGCGAUGUCCCCCGCUUGAAGCAGGUUUGGCUGGUACCUGGGCAAAACGUGGACAGUGCACACAUCUUGAUCCAUGCUAGCUGA